AUGCCGACCGUUUCGUUCCCCGAAGGCGUUGAUAGCCCGCUUGGACGGGUCGAUUCUUCGCUCACUCUUACCAACACCUCCACCUAUCCCAGUCCACGAUCGUCGGUCCCUUCCUCUCGAACAGCGAGUGUCGACAGGCAAAAGCGUGCAAUAAUGGGUCACGUCGAUGGACCGUUUCGGCAGAACGGAGUGAUUCAUCGGUACUCAUACCAUGAACUCGACGCCACGUACAUGAGUUUCGUGAUCAUCGUGUGCUUCUUCAUAUCGGGCUUGGUCGACAGCGUCGCUUUCAACUCGUGGAAUUGUUUCGUCAACAUGCAGACUGGCAACACCGUCUUCGCCGCUCUUGGUCUCGGUGGCCAACCCAAAGCGAGUCACAAACAACAAUACUACAAGUCCCUCACGGCGAUUGGGUCCUUCUGUCUCGGCACGCUCUUCUUCAGUGCCCUCCACCGUUUCCCCACGGGGCUUUCGGAGCAGCCGACUUCGCGCCGUCGUUUCAUUUUCCUUGUUUCCUUCGCGAUCCAGACGGUCCUCAUCGCCGUGCCGGCGCUCCUCGUGACGCUGGACCUGGUCUCCAACAAGCCGUUUGUGCCGGGCUCCUUCUCAUCCGGCAGCAACGACGCCAACGACGCCGACACCCUGACCAACUUCCUCGACUUGUGCCCCGUCGCCCUCCUUUCCUUCCAGGCCGCAGGGCAGACGACGCUCUCGCGGCUCCUCGCCGUCUUGGACAUGCCUACCAUCGUGCUGAGUGCGCUGUACUUUGACUUCACUGGCGACUUGUACUCGCUGAGGAGUUCGUGGACGAAGAGCACGUCGCUGUGGGAGUUUUUGAACGUCCAUCAAAAGAGACAGGGCCAGAGGUUCUUGUGCAUUGUGGCCUUGUUCGUUGGCGGUCUGACGGGUGGGUUGAUGUACAAGUCCCAAGUCGGCAUGGCGGGGGCGCUGUGGUCGGCUGCUGGGUUGAAGAUGUUGAUCGUCGUGGCGUGGAUGAUUUGGCCCGCGAAGAAGGAUGAGAGGACAUUGCCACGGUGA